AUGGGACCUAGAAUUAAAAAAACUCAUAAAGGUGAAUACAUUAUUGUUGGAGACUUUUUAGAUUCAUCAAAAAAUGACAGCUCAUCAACAUCAUCACCACAGCAAGAUAAAAAUACACCGACACUAAAAUCCACCAGUUCUAUUAGUAUUAGUCCAACUAGACCAAAAAUCAAUAUAGAAGAUUUAAUUCCCAAAAGAAAAACAAGCUUAGGCAGUGAUAUUGUAUCACCUGCUACUGCUACUUCUAUCACUAUUUCUCCCACUAUCGCCAUUAAUAAUUUUGCUGCUUUUAAUAAUAAUGACUCAUCAAAAGAUGAUACAUCAAUUUUAAAGUCUACAGAAAAUAUGGAAACAAAGGCCGCUGUAAUUUAUGAUAAGGAAACUUCUCUUGCAAAUUCCAAUAAUGGUAAUAAUAAUAAAGAAAUAAAGGCAACAGACAAUUAUGUAAAUAUUAAAAAAAAAACAGUGCCAAUUGUAUCAAACGCGAUUAUGAAUUUACCACAACAAGUGAUGGAUUCGCCUCCAAACUGUGAUUGGUUCGAAGGACUUCCAAAGGAUGAUGAUACAGAAGAUGAUAAAGCUCCAGGUGAAUAUGGAGGCGAAUCCAUCACUUGUUGUGUAGACGAUGCUUAUGAACCGCAGUUUGAUAUUAUAUUUAACUAUCUACGUUACUCACCAAAAGAUCAAUGUGUUCGUUAUGGUCGUGUGGCAAAUGCUUAUAAUGUUGUUAGAGAACUGUACCUUAUACCGCUAGAGCCCGAGGAUAAAAUACCUGAUGUUGUAACAUUUUUGGAAUAUGAUGAGGUUUUAAUACCAAAAACUGAUGAUAAGAAACGUGACUCUAAAUUAUUAUUAGGCGCACUAGUGAUAGUUGAGGCUGAAUCAGGUAAAUUAAAACGGCCAAUGAAUCAUAGCGUCAGUAAAAGUGGCAACAGCAGUAGACCAGAUAAAAAAGAAAAAUCACAUCAUGAAUCUGUCAAAUCAAUUUCUGAAUCUAACAAACAAAACGAAAAAUCAGAAAUAGAUUCUAUUAUUAAACCACAACAGAAUGAAUUAAACGAAUUGAAUAAAUUAAAUCAUUUUAAAAUUCGAUUCGAAGCCUUAUGA